GUGGGCGGAGCCAGAGUCACGCCCAGCCAGAACCUGGCACCGGAAGUGUGUUUGUGUAGAACUGCAGCCUGGAGGCGGGACAGGAAGUGUUCCAGAAGCGGAAGUUUCACGGGGAAGAUUUUGCAUCUAGGACACUUCCUGUUUCCUAGUAACAAUAGGAAGUGUCCGCGGAGGUGGGGGGUAGAGUUCUGGAUCAUACCAGCUGUGCCCUCUUCUCUCUACCUUCCUCUUCCUUCACCUCCGUCUUUUCUUCUUGCACUGUGCUUCCCCAUUUCCGGGAACCCUGGCUGACUGUUCGUGUGUAGGAGCGCGAGACCCCCCCAAAGCCACCCCCUGGGGCGCGCGGCUGCAGUUAGGGUAAGGGUCCCAGUGCGCAGGCGCGCUCUCGUUCGCGGUUCCCAACGGACGCGCCCGCGGCGGGAACGGGAAGGGGUCGGCGGUGCAAGGCCUUGGCUCCUCCACCAGAAGAAGAUGCUGCUGCCACCUGUCUGUUCCUCCUGAACCUCCAGGUUUCUGUCACAUUGACCCAUGGAGGACACGCCUCUCUCACUUAGCUGCUCUGACUGUCAGCGUCACUUUCCUAGUAUCCCAGAACUGUCACGGCACCGAGAACUGCUCCAUCCAUCUCCCAACCAGGAUAGUGAGGAAGUUGACAGCAUCCCUCGUCCCUAUCGCUGUCAGCAGUGUGGGCGGGGCUACCGUCACCCCGGGAGCCUGGUCAACCACCGCCGAACCCACGAGACUGGCCUUUUCCCUUGUACCACCUGUGGCAAGGACUUUACUAAUCCCAUGGCCCUCAAGAGCCACUUGAGGACUCAUGCUCCUGAAGGCCGGCGCAGGCGCAGGCCCCCCCGCAAAGAAGCCACUCCACAUGUCCAGAGUGAGACCGUGUCCACUGACUCCUGGGGCCAGAAGCUUGGCCCUGGGGAAGGCUGGGGAAACCAGACAAAACAUACAAAAGACACACCUGGUUGUGAGUCUGGAUCUGACCCUAGGGCAACCUCUGGCACUUGGGAAGAUCUGCCUACCAGACAAAGGGAAGGCUGGGAAAAUCAACCAGAUGCUGAGGAGAUUGCAGAGGUCUGGGGGUCCACCACCAAUUCUGCCAGAACCCCACCUCUCCCCACCCCAGCAAGCAGCCUCCUUAGCAAUUUGGAACAGUAUUUGGCUGAAUCAGUAGUGAACUUCACUGGGGGACAAGAGCUCACCCAGUCUCCUCCUGCCGAGGAGGAACGGCGAUACAAGUGCAGUCAGUGUGGCAAGACCUACAAGCAUGCUGGUAGCCUCACCAAUCAUCGCCAGAGCCACACCCUGGGUGUUUAUCCUUGUGCCAUCUGCUUCAAGGAGUUCUCUAACCUCAUGGCUCUGAAGAACCAUUCCCGACUACAUGCCCAAUAUCGGCCUUACCACUGUCCUUAUUGCCCUCGUGCCUUCCGGCUUCCCCGGGAUCUGUUGGAGCACCAGCAGUCCCAUGAGGUUGAAAGGCAGGAGCAACCGUGGGAAGAGAAAGGGAUGCCCACUACCAAUGGUCACACAGAUGAGAGCAGCCAGGACCAGCUACCUAGUAUACAGAUGCUGAAUGGCUCUGGGGAGCUCAGCACUUCUGGGGAGCUGGAAGACAGUGGCCUGGAAGAAUACCGGCCUUUCCGCUGUGGGGACUGUGGCCGUACAUACCGGCAUGCUGGGAGUCUCAUCAACCAUCGAAAGAGCCAUCAGACAGGUGUCUACCCCUGCUCAGUCUGUUCCAAACAGCUGUUCAAUGCAGCUGCUCUCAAAAACCAUGUGCGGGCUCAUCAUAGACCUCGGCAAGGAGCUGGGGAAGAUGGGCAGUCAUCAGUACCACCAGCUCCUUUGCUGUUGACUGAAACCACCCACAGAGAAGAUGGGGUCCCUACCACCACUCUAGACCAUCGCCCCUAUAAGUGCAAUGAAUGUGGUCGGGCUUACCGCCACCGAGGAAGCCUGGUGAACCACCGACACAGCCAUCGAACAGGAGAGUACCAGUGCUCACUAUGUCCCCGCAAGUACCCCAACCUAAUGGCCCUGCGAAACCAUGUACGGGUACAUUGCAAGGCUGCUCGCCGAAAUGCAGACCCAAGGACUGAGGGUCCCCCCAGCCACCUCAAGGUGGAACUCCCACCUGACCCAGUGGGAGCGGGGGCAGCCUUACACACAGAUCAGGAGCACUUAUGCAAACAUGAAGAAGAGGCCACUGAUAUCCCCCCAGUAGCAGAUGGGACAUCACCACAGAUAUGUAGCAUCUGUGGGAUGUUCUUUGAAGAUCUUGACAGUCUUGAACAUCAUGUCCUGACCCAUAGGGCAGGGGAAGUGGAAAAUAGGACAGAGGCCACAAUGUCACCUCCUCGGGCAUUUGCCUGCCGAGACUGUGGGAAGAGCUAUCGCCACUCGGGCAGCCUUAUCAACCACAGGCAGACCCACCAGACAGGGGACUUUAGUUGUGGGGCCUGUGCCAAACACUUCCAUACCAUGUCUGCCAUGAAGAACCAUUUGCGACGCCAUAGCCGACGGCGGAGCAGGCGGCAUCGAAAGCGGGGUGCCAGUAUGGGAGAAGCCAAACUCCCACCAGGGGGAACGUGGGUCCAGGAGUUGGAAGACAAUGGGGGCUUGGAUCAUCCCCAAGGACCUUUAGGAGAAAGUCCUUGUAGGACUGAAGGCAACUUGGAAAGUGAUGGGGACUGUUCACAGGCUGAAUCUGAAGGUGACAAAUGUGAGCUUGAGAGGAAUGAGGCCUGUAAUAAAGAGAGCAGAGACACUGAGAAUGGACUAGAAAGGAAGGAGUCUUGUUUUCUUGACAAUUUGGGCAUCCCAGAUAAUGAGGAAGGCAGCGGGACUCACUUCUGUAUUGGCCUUCCUGGGAUGGACAAAGACCAGAAACCGACUACUGAGCAGCCUAAUUCCUCUUCCCACUCUUCUGAAACUGUCACCAGCUGGCAAUCUGAGGUCACUCACACAUGUUCUGACUGUGGGCGCUCUUUCCCCCAUGCCACUGGCCUGCUAAGCCAUAGGCCCUGCCAUCCACCAGGCAUCUAUCAGUGCUCACUGUGCCCGAAGGAGUUUGACUCUCUGCCUGCCCUACGCAGUCACUUCCAGAACCAUGGGCCGGGGGAGGUAGUCUCAGCACAGCCCUUCCUCUGCUGCCUCUGUGGUAUGAUCUUCCCUGGGCGAGCUGGCUACAGGCUUCACCGGCGCCAGGCUCACAAUUCCUCUGGUAUGACUGAGGGCUCAGAGGAGGAGGGGGAAGAAGAAGGAGCUGUAGAGGCGGCCUCCACCCAAUCCCCUCCACUGCAACUCUCAGAAGCAGAGCUGCUGAAUCAGCUGCAGAGAGAGGUGGAAGCAUUGGAUGGAGCAGGUUAUGGGCACAUCUGUGGCUGCUGUGGUCAGACCUAUGAUGACCUGGGGAGCCUAGAACGUCACCACCAAAGUCAGAAUUCAGAAAACACCACAGACAAGGCUUCCAGCUGCUUGGAAAUGUUAGACGAUGCCACAGAGGUGGUUGCUGACAGUGUCUUUGAGGGCAUAGUGACCUCUGUUUCUGGAGAGGGUGGGGACACAAAGUCUGAAGAGGAAGUAGGUGGCACAGUUGCAGACAACCUUUGCAUGCAGGUUGAUGAAAGUUUUCUGGAGGUCCAACCCCGUCCCUUUCGCUGCAACCAGUGUGGCAAGACUUAUCGCCAUGGGGGCAGCCUAGUGAACCACCGCAAGAUCCACCAGACUGGGGACUUCAUCUGUCCUGUUUGCUCCCGCUGCUACCCCAACCUGGCUGCCUACCGUAAUCAUCUGCGGAACCACCCUCGCUGCAAAGGCUCUGAACCUCAAGUGGGACCCAUCCCAGAGGCAGGAGGCAGUAGUGAGCCCCAGAAUGUGGCAGAGAAGGUGCCAGAGCAGGCAGAAGUCGGAAAGCUCCAGGAAGAACUUAAAGUGGAGCCCUUGGAGGAGGUGGCUAGAGUGAAGGAAGAGGCAUGGGAAGAGACCACUGUGAAGGGGGAGGAGAUAGAGCCAAGGUUGGAGACGGCAGAGAAGGGCUGUCAGACAGAGGCCAGCUCUGAGCGGCCCUUCAGCUGUGAGGUGUGUGGCCGUUCAUACAAACAUGCUGGUAGCCUCAUCAAUCACCGGCAGAGCCAUCAGACUGGCCACUUUGGCUGCCAGGCUUGCUCCAAGGGCUUUUCAAACCUCAUGUCUCUCAAGAACCACCGGCGCAUCCAUGCAGACCCUCGGCGUUUCCGUUGCAGCGAAUGUGGGAAGGCCUUUCGCUUGAGGAAACAGCUGGCUAGUCACCAGCGAGUCCAUUUUGAGCGGCGUGGGGGUGCCCAAAAGAUGACUCGAGAAGAUCGUCCCUUCCGAUGUGGUCAGUGUGGACGGACCUACCGCCAUGCAGGCAGCCUCCUGAACCACCGGCGCAGCCAUGAGACAGGCCAAUACAGCUGUCCUACUUGCCCCAAGACUUACUCAAACCGCAUGGCCCUUAAGGACCAUCAGAGGCUGCAUUCUGACAGUCGGCGGCGGCGGGCAGGCCGGUCCCGGCGGGCAGCUGUACGCUGUGCUCUCUGUGGCCGGGGCUUUCCUGGCCGGGGAUCUCUAGAGCGGCACCUGAGGGAGCAUGAGGAAAAGACUAAACAGGAGCUGGCCAAUGGCCAUGGAGAACCAAGUGGUACAGAAGGCAAUGAAGAGAACCUGGCCAAUGAUCUGGGACUUAAAGACAGAUCAGGUAGUAUUGAGUCAGUACCCCAGGUAGAAGAUGGAGCCAUAAGACCAGGGGAACACAGUCAGAGCCCCAUCAGGGCAGAAGGUUCAGAUGCUGCAGAGCUACUGUCAUGGGGCAUGGGGAAGGCAGAUGGGUGGCAAGGAGAUAGGAAAUUAAUGAAUCACAGUGGAGAUUGGGUUCUUCAGGGUCAGCUGUUAACUAAGCCAGAAGACAAUGUCCCCAGUAGUCCUUGCCAUCUUCCUGACAGUCAGUCCAAUGGACCUAGUCUGAGUCAUGUGGAUAGCUGGGACAAUGGAGACAGCAGCUCUCAGUUCCAGCCAGAGAGCCAUUCCUAUACUUGUAGCCAAUGUGGUAAGACCUUUUGCCAAUCAGAUGGCCUUUUGAACCAUAAUACCCACAAGACAGAUCGCCACUAUUGCCUGCUUUGCUCCAAGAAUUUCUUAAACCCUGUAGCCACUAAGAGUCACAGCCACAACCACAUAGCUGCUCAGGCUUUUGCCUGCCCUGACUGUGGCAAGGCCUUUCAGUGCCACCAUGAACUGGUCACCCAUCUGCAGACUCAUGCCAAGGGCUACAGUCAGAUGCCAAGUCAGAUAGAGGAGGCCAGAGGUCCCCAAGCUGGGAUCAUAGAGGACAAAGCAGGUCUCCCUGGUCAAGAGAAAGCUCAGGAGGCCACUUCAGAACACCCCAGGGCUCCAGAAGAGACUGCUGAGCAAGUUAGUGGAGGGCAAGGAGUAAAUUCCAUAGCAGCUGAAGACAAGGAGCGUCCUUUCCGCUGUGCCCAGUGUGGGCGUUCCUACCGCCAUGCUGGGAGCCUGCUGAACCACCAGAAGGCCCACACCACUGGACUGUAUCCCUGCUCCCUGUGCCCUAAACUUCUACCUAACCUGCUGUCUCUUAAGAACCAUGGCAGGACCCACACAGACCCCAAACGCCACCGCUGCAACAUCUGUGGCAAGGCCUUCCGGACAGCUGCCCGGCUAGAGGGCCAUGGGCGGGUCCAUGCACCUCGUGAGGGACCUUUCACCUGCCCCCAUUGUCCCCGCCACUUCCGCCGCCGAAUCAGCUUCCUGCAGCAUCAGCAGCAACACCAAGAAGAAUGGACAGUGGCCAGAUCUGGAGCCCCAGUGGCACCAGCAACAGGCAGAGGGGAUUUGUCAUUGCCCCCUCCACCCACUCCCACAACCCAACUUCUGGACCCUUCACCCCAGUGGCCUGCAGACCUCAGCUUCUCCCUCUGAAUUUCAAGUCUCCAAAGAUCAGAACACUGGAGGGAGCGGGGGUGCAGGCAGAGAGGGGCUUGAUCUCCUUGUUUUGCUCAGGAGUAGCUUGGGCAUCCCCAUCUCUUUUCUCCUCUCCCUGUGAAGAGGACCCACAUCUGGCUUCUUUCCCAAGAAGGGGAAAGGUCAUUCCUCAUGUCCCUGCCCUUGAAGGACCUUCUUCCCCCAGCUUUUGUCACCAUGCUCUUCCUGGUGCCAGGCUCUGCCAAGGUGCUGAGCCACCCUCACCAGCUAGAUUCCAACACUGGGGAGUGGCAGACUCAGAGCACCAGGAGUGGGAAUGUUGCCUGUGGAAGGGGAGCCUUUUGCUACAGUUUGUAACUUAUUUUCUAAAGUCUAUUUUGUAACAAUUUAUUUAAGUUUAAAAAAUGGAAAAUUGCUCCCCCCCAAAAAAGAAAAUUUCAAAAGAGA